CGGGCCCCAGGGGCGGCGCGGGGCCGCGGGGAGGGGGCGGCUCCGGCUGCGGGGGCGGCGCGUGGCGGCCGUGGCGGCCGAGACUGCAGCUGCAGCGGCGCGCUGGGGCCCCGCGUCUAGGGCGCCGCCGGGUCGGAGCUGCAGCUGUGGCCGCUGCUGCCAGAGCCAUGUACCGCAGCGGCGCCCGCUCCUCCGUCUCUUCGCACCGGCCUAAAGAGAGCGGCGGGGGCGGCCCGCGAACCGGCCGCAGCUCCGGCUCCUCCUCAGGCCCGGCUCGCCGCACCUCGCCGCCGCCCUCCGGCUCCUCCUCGUCGCGGAACCCCGCUCGCCGGCCCCGCUCGCCCUCAGGGCACCGCGGCCGCCGGGCCUCGCCGUCCUCGCCGCGGGGUCGCCGCGGCUCCCCGUCCCCGCCCCGCGGCCGCCGGGCCUCACCGUCCCCGCCGCGGGGUCGUCGCGUUUCCCCCUCCCCGCCGCGGGCCCGUCGUGGCUCCCCGUCGCCGCCGCGGGGCCGACGACUCUUCCCGCCGGGCCCGGCCGGUUUCCGAGGCAGCAGCCGAGGGGAGUCCCGCGCCGACUUCGCCCGGGACGGCCGCGGAGACCAUCCAGGCGACAGCGGCAGCCGGAGGCGCUCUCCUGGUCUGCGUUCUGACUCUUCUUUGGAACAGAGCUUAAGGAUCACUGUUGGUAAUGACCAUUUCUGUGUUGGCAUACCAGAACGGCGGCGGCUUAGUGAUCGACUGGGGUCACCAGUGGAUAAUCUGGAGGACGUGGACAGGGAUGACCUGACUGAUGAUUCUGUCUUCACUCGAAGUUCCCAAUGCUCUCGAGGUCUUGAACGAUAUAUUUCCCGGGAGGAGGGACCUCUUAGUCCGUUCUUAGGACAACUUGAUGAGGACUACCGGACAAGAGAAACUUUCCUGCAUCGUUCUGAUUAUAGUCCCCAUAUCAGUUGUCAUGAUGAGCUGUUGCGGGGAACAGAAAGGAAUAGAGAUAAACUCAAAGGUUCCUACUCCAUACGACCCGAGGAAAGGAGUCGGGAGGCCAAACGGCCCCGUUACGAUGACACAGAGAAGAUACACAGCAUGGGAGGUGAUCACUCAGGUUUUACAUCAGGGACCCGCAACUAUCGACAGCGUAGACGAAGCCCAAGCCCUAGGUUUCUAGAUCCUGAGUUUCGAGAGCUGGACCUUGCCAGGCGAAAACGAGAGGAAGAGGAGGAACGGAGUAGGAGCUUGAGUCAGGAGCUGGUUGGCGUUGAUGGUGGUGACACUAGCUGUCCCAUUCCUGGACUGUCGGGUGUCCUAACAGCAUCAGAGCCAGGAUAUUCUUUACAUCGGCCUGAGGAAGUAUCUGUGAUGCCCAAGAAGUCAAUUCUGAAGAAACGGAUUGAGGUGGACAUGGAGCCUUCCAUUCAGCUUGAUAGUUUUUCCAGCAGCACCAGCUCCAGCCAGGAUCACCCUGUCUACUCUGGUCACCCAUCUCUUCCACUAAGUGGUGCUAUUGCUGCUUUUGCCUCAGAGAUUGAAAAUAAGGGAACUAUGGUAGAGACUACCCUGAAGGAACCUCAGGGCAGCCUCUACCAAUGGGGUCCUCUCCCUGGGAUGCCCAAAGACAACAGUCCUCUCAGAGAGAAGUUUGGAAGUUUUCUCUGCCACAAGGAGAAACUGAAUAUGAAGCCUGAGGGGCCUGAGCGACACACAGACUUCUUGCUCCCCCAUGAGAGGGCUAGCCAGGAUGGCAGUGGUUUUUCCCGCAUUUUGAGCAUGUUGGCAGACUCUACCAGUACACAGGAAAAAAGGCGCCGUAGUUUCCCUGACAUUGAGGAUGAGGAGAAAUUUCUCUAUGGGGAUGAAGAAGAGGAUUUAAAGGCAGAAUCUCCACCAAAGCCCCUUGGGGGCUCUGCGAGUGAAGUCUUGAGACAGAAGGCAAGCUCCCUGCCCUCUUCAGCUCCAGCUGUAAAACUAGAAUCAAUAGAAGAGACCAAUCCAGAAUAUGCCAAGAUUCAUGACUUGCUCAAGACCAUAGGGCUGGAUAUCGGGGUAGCAGAGAUUAGUAAACUGGCCGCCCGCACCCAGGAACGACUUCAUGGCAAGAAACCAUCACGUUCCUCUGCUGACCGCCGUUCAUCAGUUGACCGGCACUUUUCAGCAGACCGCUGUUCCUCAGUUGACCACCAUUUCUCAGCUGAUCGGCACUCCUCAGAUCCUCACAGACUGGAGAGCAGGGAGGCACACCAUAGCAAUACCCACUCCCCAGAGGUGUCCCAUCCACAUCCAGUCUCCCCUGUAGAUCCUUACCUGCUCACAAAAAACAGCCCCCCAUUCCUAAAGUCUGACCAUUCAGUGGGUCAUGUUGCAGGGUCAGAGGUAGUUGGCAGUGGUUUUCAGUCAUCUGUGGCUGUCAGAUGCAUGUUACCGUCAGCCCCGUCUGCCCCAAUUAGACUUCCACAUCCUGCUUCAUUAUCUCAGUUUCAUAUGCCAAGGGCCUCUCAGUUUGCUGCAGCUCGGAUACCUCCAAACUACCAGGGACCUGCCAUUCCCUCUGCUUCCUUUGAUGCCUACAGGCAUUACAUGGCAUAUGCAGCCUCAAGGUGGCCCAUGUACCCCGCCUCUCAACCAUCCAACCACUCUCUACCUGAACCACACAGGGUAAUACCCGUUACCAAACAAGCUACUCGUAGCCGUCCCAAUCUCCGUGUGAUACCCACUGUGACUCCUGAUGAGCCCAAACAGGAGGAGUCAGUGCUAAGCUCAAUUCCUACUGCUCAAGUGCCUGUCCAGGUGUCCAUCCCAUCACUCAUAAGAUACAAUCCGGAGAAGAUCUCUGAUGAGAAGAACCGUGCUUCCCAGAAGCAGAAGGUUAUUGAAGAGAGGGAAAAGCUAAAGAGUGACCGGGAAGCUCGCCAGAAGAAGAUGUACUACCUCAGGACUGAAUUGGAGCGGCUUCAUAAACAACAAGGGGAAAUGCUACGCAAGAAACGAAGGGAGAAAGAUGGCCACAAAGACCCGCUCCUCGUGGAGGUGAGUCGGCUUCAGGAUAACAUUAUGAAGGACAUUGCAGAACUUCGACAAGAGGCAGAAGAGGCAGAAAAGAAGCAGUCUGAACUGGACAAAGUGGCUCAGAUCCUGGGAAUUAACAUUUUGGAUAAAUCCCAAAAGUCUUCAAAUGAGAGUAAAGAGACUCCAGAGAAGUCUGGGAAAGCAGAAAAAUCUAAGAGCCCAGAAAAAGUGUCAUCAUCCUCAAACUCCUCUUCCAACAGCAAGGAAUCAAAGGUAAACAGUGAGAAUUCCCAUACUAAGAGCCCCAAGCCUGCCGAGAGCCCCCAGCCAGCUGCUAAGCAGGCUGAUCAGCCUGUUGCUGCCUAUGAGUAUUAUGAUGCUGGCAAUCACUGGUGCAAAGACUGCAACACCAUCUGUGGAACCAUGUUUGACUUCUUCACUCAUAUGCACAAUAAGAAGCACACACAGGAGCAGUUGCUAAAGUCCAGAUUUCCAGAAGGAAGGACUGCAGAAGACAUCUUUGCCUCAGGGAGGCAGGGAUAGAAGCUACAGAGACCAAAGAAAUAAUGAGCACCUUGGGGUCAGUAGGCAGUCACCUCCAGGGUCUGACUUCCGGAAGGUAGGUAUGGCUGCCGGGACAGGGAUGGGUUGUGGAGAAGGCCCUCAGCUGCCAGCAAAUGGCAAGUUGGGUGAGCAAAUGUUGUGUAUGUAUGUCUGUAUCUUUGUAGCAGUAGAAGAGGAACAAGAUAAGGAUAGGCAUAGAGAUGUAUAUUUUAAGCUUGCCACUCCUCGUCUCAAUUUUAUCUCCUAACUUCCAUCUCUCAUUUUGUGCCAUGAUACUUAUGUUAAAGCUGUGGCUUUCAGAUCUUCUCAUCCCUCCUGGAGCCUGGGCCCCAGUGUUCCCAGCAAGUAGAACAUCUACUAUUUCAGUUUCAUUACUGGUCCAUAUAAGAAUCAAGGUAAAAAUUGGCUAUGUUCUUAGAGGAGUGGGGUAUGAGUAGACAAAAGAGGUGGAAGGAAGGGGAGACAACCACAAAGGUGGUGUUUGAAAAAUCCUGGGAUUUCAGACUUCAGGACAGCUGUCUACUACCAGUUUCCAUUCAGUCUUACUAUCUCUCCUAUACACAUUGAAACAUCUGGCACACAGAAGCAGGCAAGCAUCAUUUCAAAGUACCAAGGAAACCCUUUCCUCUCUAUCUGAAAUACCAGGAGGUGCUUCAUUUACUCCUUUUUGCAUUUUGGGACUGUGGAGGAUGAGAACAAAAAUCAAAUAAAAUUUAGCUGACCUUUAAGUCCUUUAAACUCUGAGAUUCAUUUAAAUCUGAGCUGCCCCUGAUCCAGAUUUACUGUUAAAACUGUUAGCCUACUUUUGUUCCUGAUUUGUAAAUCCAGGCAUUUUUAGAGUCCCAGAGGUCUACCCAAAUAAAUCUAUAGUUUGGGUAGGUUUUGGAACUACUCAUAAUACUACAAGUACAAAGAACUGCAUGAUACGCAACCAGAGCCAUCAAAAGAGUAAGAAGUAAGGAGUUAAGGGUUAAGAAGUAUCUCAGGGCCUCUGGCUGUUGAGGCUGAAAUCAGUUAAGGACUACUCAUUCCUAAGGCAUCAGCCCUGUGGAUGAAGCAAUGGAAAGCGUUCUGGUGCCAGGGCUGCCAACACUUUGUCACCACCGCUUUUGACUUUCUCUCCCUUGCUCUAGCCCAAGGUCUGUUUCUCAUCAGCUACCACAUUCCUCUGCUCAGGGACAAUCAGGGCUGUUGGUCACAGUUUUCAUUCCCAACUGCGACUCACCUACCCCCAUUCUCCAGUGGUAUCUGAGGUCUACCUCCAAGAUGUGCUGAUCUGAGGGAUGGGCAGGGGGAAAGGGAACAUUUCCAGAGUAAUAUUUUCCCUUUGAACUUCUUUUAUUUAAUAUGCUAGAGUUCACAUAUAUUAUAAAAGUAUUUAAGAUCUUUUUUAUUGAGGGGCAGCUGGGUGGCUCAGUCGGUUGAAUGUCUGCCUUCAGCUCGGGUCAUGAUUCCGGGGUCCUGGGAUGGAGCCCUGCAUCAGGCUCCCUGCUCGGUGGGGAGCCUGCUUCUCCCUCUCCCUCUGCCUCCCCCACUUGUAAUCUCUCUCUCUCUGUGUCAAAUAAAUAAUAUCUUAAAAAAAAAAUCUUUUUUAUUGAAAUAUAUUUCAUAUAACAUUAAAUUUCUUGUAACAUAAGAUUCACCAUUUUAAAGUGUAAAAUCCAGGGUACCUGGGUGGCUCAGUCAGUUAAGCGUCUGCCUUCAGCUCAGGUCAUGAUCCCAGGUUUCUGGGAUCAAGUCCCACAUGGGGCCUCCUGCUUAGCGGGGAGCCUGCUUCUCUCUCUCCCUCUGCCCCUCCCCUGCUCAUGCUCUCUUUCUCUCGCUCUCUCAAAUGAAUAAAUAAAUCUUUUUUUUAAAUAAGUGUAAAAUCCAGUGAUUUUUCAUAUCUUCAGGAUUGUGCAGCUAUCACCACUAUCUAAUUCCAGAACAUAUCUACCACCCCCCCUAAAGAAGAACAUACCCAUUAGCAGACACUCCCAAUUAUUCCCUACCCCAAAGCUGCUGGCAGUCACCAAUCUGCUUUCCAUCUCUGUGGAUUUACCUAUUCUGGGAAAUUCUUAUAAAUGGAAUCAUACAAUGUGUGGUCUUUUGUGUCCGGCUUCUUUCGUUUAACGUGUUUUCAAGGUUCAUUCAUCAUGUUGUACCAUGUGUCAGUACUUCACUGUAUUUUAUAGUUGAAUAAUAUUCUGUAUGAAUAUACCACAUUUUGUGUCUCUACUAGUUGAGGAAUUUUGAGUUAUUUCCACUUUUGGGCUAUCAUGAACAAUGCUGCUGUGAAUGUGAAAAUUUGUAUACAAGUGUUUGUGUGGACAGAAGUUUUUCAGUCCUCUUGGGUAUAUCCUGGGUCAUAUGGUAACUCUUCCUAACUUUUUAAAAGUAAAGUUUUAUUUUGAAGUACAAGGUGCAUAUAAAAAGCAAAAGUACACACAUCACAAUUGUUCAGCCCCAAGAUUUUAACAGAAUGACCACACCUGGGUAACCAGCACCCAAAUCAAAAAAUAAAAUAUGACCAACAACCCUGAAGCCCUUCUCGCGUCCUCUUCCAGUCACUACUUUCCCAAAAUGUAAUCACCUUUCUGACUGCUAUCUCAGGUAUUGUGGUUUUGUUUUUAUUUUUGUUUUUUAAGGAGGUGAAAUUCACGUAACAAAAUAACCACUUUAAAAUAAACAAGUGACAUUUAGUAUAUUCACAAUGUUGUGUAACCAUUACCUCUGUCUAGUUCCAAAACCUUUUCAUCACCCCAAAAUAAAACCUUGUGUCUGUUAAGCGGUUAGUUCUCAUUCCUACCUCCCUGCAGCCCCUGGCAAUUACCAGUCUGCUUUCUGUCUCUAUGAUGUACAUAUUCUGGUUAUUUCACAUAAAUGGAGUCCUAGGAUAUGUGACCUUUUCUGUCUGGCUUCUUUCACUUAGCAUAAUGUUUUUGAGGUUAAUCCAUGUUGUAGCAUGGCUGAAUAAUAUUCCAUUGUAUGUGUAUGCCACAAUUUGUUUAUCCAUUCAUUCAUUGAUGGACAUUUGGGUUAUCUCGACCUUUUAGCUAUUGUGAAUAGUACUGCUGUGAACAUUCAUGAAUAAGUAUGUGUUUGAGUACCUGUUUUCACUUCUUUUCAGAAUAUAACUAGAAGUGGAAUUGCUAAGUCAUAUGAUUAUUUUAUGUUUAACUUUUUGAGGAACUGCCAAACUUUUCCACAGCACCUUUAUCAUUUUAUAUCCCUUUCAGCAAUGUACAAUGGUUCCAAUUUCUCCAUAUUCAUAACCCUUGUUAAUUUCUUUUUUUAUAUAUAUUAUAGCCAUCCUAGUGUUUCAUUGUGGUUUUGAUUUACCUUUCCUUGAUAACUACAAGUGUUUGUGUGGUUCCAAUCCAUGAGCAUCUUUUCAUGUGCUUUUUGGCAUUUUAUAUAUCUUUUUAGAGAAAUAUCUACUCAAGUCCUUUGCCCAUUUUUUAAUUGGGUUGUCUUUUUGUUCUACAAUUGUAAGGAUUCUUUAUAUAUUCUGGAUACUAGACCUUUAUCAGAUAUCAGGUAUUUUCCCCAUGCUGUAUGUUGUCUUUUCACUUUCUUCAUAAUAUCGAUGCACAAAAGAUUUUAAUUUUGAUUAAGUCCAAUUUAUCCAUUUUUUCUUUUAUUACUUGUGGUUCUGGCAUAAUAUUUAAGAAACUAUUGCCAAAUCUAAAACCAUGAAGAUUUAUCCCUAUGUUUUCUUCUAAGAAUUUUUUAGUUUUAGCUCUUAUGUUUAGGUUGUUGACCUGUUUUGAGUUAAUUUUUGUAUAUAGUGUGAGGUAGGGGUCCAACUGCAUUCUUUUGUAUGUGGAAGUACAGUUGUUCCAGGACAUUUGUUAAAGAGACUGUUUUUUCUACAUUGAAUGGUCUAGGCAUUCUUGUUGGAAAUUGAUUGGCUAUAGAUGUAUGGAUUUAUUUCUGGACUCUUAGUUCUAUUCCAUUGGCUUAUAUGUCAUCCUGAUGCCAGUACUCUAUUUUGAUCAUUGUAGUUUUGUAGUAAGUUUUGAAAUUGAGAAGUGUGAGACUUCCAAUUUUGUUCUUCUUUAAGAUUGUUCUGCUGUUUGGGCCCCCUUGCAUUUCAUAUGAAUUUGAAGAUUGGCUU